AUGAGCUGGUCACAAGAAAGGAGGACCAGGGGGAGCAGAACAGAAAAGUCGGCAGAGACAGAGAGAGUAACCGCAGCACGUUUUGCUCUUCCGCCCUUCCAUCCUCCCACCUUUCCCAUCCACCCACCUCUUCUCAUCCUUCCUUCUUGUCCUGCUGCCAGCUCCCACCUGCGCCUGCAGAUGAGCUGGUUUCCCAACCUGGCUGCACACACUCAAGUCGUCGAGACGGGCCCAGAUUCGUCGCUCAGGCGACACUUUUGCCUGACAGCUCCGACUCUGCUGUCACGCUUUCACAGUGUCCAUCGAUUCCCAGCGAAUCCCAGCGACUCUACAGGCACUGCCGGUACCACACAAGCCCAUCUGAAAGUUGGGUACUCGCCUACCCACUGUUUCAAACCAAGCCUACAUCGUACCUACUACCCAUUCACCCUGUCCAAACCACCCAACCAACACCAUCCCAGCUCAGGCCAACGUAAUUCCAGUUCAGAGCAGCGGGCUACUCCACGCAACCUCGCCUUUUGUGCUUGGUUCUUCAACCCCCGAGGUAUCCAGCUAAACACCAGCUCAUCACUUUCCAAUCUUCUCAAGUUUGAGACCAAGCAUAUCAGGGACUUGCCGCUCUUCCACUUCCAUACGUGCGAGGGAGGACGGCCAGGCACAAAGAUAGGUCCCACCGUCCCACAGGUACUUUCUCCUGCAGACUCCCUGUGCAAGACUGCUGGGGCAGUUGAGCCAUGUCCUGUCUGCAGCCCCGGAACUUGUUCGCAUCCUUCUCGGCCUCCUCUCCGAGACGGUAUACCGCUUAUGAUUGGCCGGCCUGGUAAACCUAACACGGCAACGGGAGCCCUCGUAGGUUUGCUGCCACAAAAUCUCUGA